AUGGCCACGCCAACGUCGUCAGGGCUACGAUGGUCCCUUACCAUUGUUUACUGUGGCCUGUCCGCAGUUGCGCUGUAUUACAUACGCCUGGGCCCGACCUCCACAGCCGUCGGCAAGCACUUUGAGAAAAUCUACGAAGGUGCCGAAAAACCGUUUCCCGGGCGCGAUACAGUUCUGCGUAGGCAUUACACCGGUAUCAAAGCCUGCGAUGAAUUUGCCUCUAUGCUCGUGGCGGCUUUCUUAAACGGGCCAGCAGGAUGGGUCGAGGGUAUCCGCCUUCAGCAGGCCUACUUUCUGCUUUCCUUCACGGCCGUGUUAGCGGCAAUGUCGGUCGAAUCGGCCAGGAAACGCAAUACGUGGGCCUCAAUCACCUUCACGAGUCUUUGGGCAUUCUUCUACCAAACGGUAGGCGGCGCCGUUAUCAUCCCGCUUUACUAUCUCUGCUAUACUUGGAUCGCUGCCCGUCCAGAUUACUGGACAGCUUCACGAGACGUUCCAGUUGCGAAAGCAAAGACACUUCUCCCGGCUCUCGUCUUCGGGUUUCUCAUGCCAACAUUGGUCACGUGGUAUCCCCACAAUGCAUUCGACAUUGACACUUUGCAGAAGCUGGUAGCUUUCUGGCAGAUCACUCCCUUCGUCGUCAAUAUAUUGUGGCUGAUUUUCUCCACGAUCUACCGCGCCUUUCACGGAAAACAGAUUGAGCAAAAGCACGGCGACGUUCGGCCACUCACUGUCGUAUACCUCCUCAGCUUCGUCGUGUCUGCAGCCGCCCAUCUGGCAACACUCUAUCUCUGCUAUACCUCAGCAGACCCGACCAUUUCAUUCGACUUUGUAUUCACACCACGUCAGGUCCAGAACCCCUCAAUGGCGGAGGGUCUCCACUUCACCUUCAUCGUCGACUACUGGAUCAUUUUCAUUUCGACCAUGAUUUGGUGCCUUCAAGCGCAGCUCGAGAUUACGGCACUCGGCCGCACGAAUCUCAGGGCGUUUCAAACCGUGGUGUACAUCGUUAUUGGGUCCAUCGUCUUAGGCCCGGGAGCUGUGUUGAGCGCUGUCUGGUGGUGGCGAGAGUCUCGGAUUGAUCCGGUGCCUGAUCCGAAGAAAUCUAACUAA